AUGCAGCUGAAUGAAAUAAAUGGGCAAAGUCAAAAACAAGGAACGGACAACGAGGCUUUUGAACAUGAGGGUCAGACAUUCAUUGAGAUGAACUGUGCCUCUGAAUCUCCAGACGACCAUGUGCACACAAAGACAGAGCCUCACCACAAAAGCUUGCUGGAGAAGAAGCUUGAGGCACUCCGGGGCCAUUUGGCAGAGUCCAAAGACCAGAUCCAUCUAAUUGUAAACCUGGUUUUAGCAGCAGGUUUUGUUGCCAUGGUGAUAGCGGCAUGUGUUUUGAACUUCCACCGUGCUGUGGGGCUGCUGGUUAUCUCCUUGGUAACCAUCUUCUUCCUGACUUGGGAUUGGAUGAUGAAACGGUACGGUGGCUGGUUGUGGGAGUCUCUCUCUCCCAUCAGAGACCUUCUCAGCAGAAACUGGUCCUGGAUCAGAUGGAUUAUGUACCUAUUAGUACUCGUAGCUGUGGUGUGCUGGAUUGUUUUGGACACGGCUCAACGGGGAACCAGGCAGCUCGUGUCGUUCUCUGGUUUGCUGCUGCUCAUUUUUUCCAUGUUGCUGUUCUCCAAACAUCCAUUCAGGUGGUCUUGGCAGACUUUGCUUUGUGGGAUUGGAUUACAGUUUACCUUCGGUGUGCUGAUCCUCAGGACCACGUCUGGUUUAAGUGUAGUGAAAUGGCUGGGAAAUCUGGUAGAGAAGUUCCUGUCACUCACAGAUGCUGGAUCUCAGUUUGUGUUUGGUGAAAGUUACAUGGACCACUUCUUUGCUUUCAGGGUGAUGCCCAUAUUGAUAUUUUUGAGCUCGUUCAUCUCCAUUCUCUACUGCAUUGGCUUCAUGCCCUGGCUCAUUUGCAAGAUUGGAUUCAUAAUGCAGGUUACCAUGGGAACAUCUCCAGCUGAGUCAAUGGCAGCAGCUGGAAACAUAUUCUUGGGAAAUACAGACGCUGCUCUCCUGAUUCAACCAUACAUCAGUGAACUCACCAUCUCAGAGAUACAUGCUGUGAUGACUGGUGGGUUUGCCAGCAUCUCCGGUACCAUUUUGGGAGCUUUUAUCUCCCUUGGGGUGGAUGCAACACACUUGUUGACAGCAACAAUAAUGUCUGCUCCAGCCUCCCUGGCCAUUGCCAAGUUGUUCUGGCCCGAAAGAGAGCUGUCCAUUUCAAUUUCUAAUCAUGAUCUACAAUUGAUCAAAGGAGAGAGUAGCAAUAUUUUGGAAGCGGCAUCCCGAGGAGCGUCUCGUGCUGUGGGUGUCGUGGCCAGUAUUAUUGCCAACAUCAUUGCUUUCUUGACGCUGGUGGCCUUUGUCGACACCAUCCUCUCCUGGCUGGGUGGGAUGUUUGACUGUCCACAGCUCAGCUUCGCGCUCAUCUGUUCCUAUGUGUUCAUGCCUCUGUCCUUCAUGAUGGGUGUUUCCUGGGACGACAGCUUCAUUGUGGCAGAGCUAAUUGGCGUAAAGACAUUCCUCAAUGAGUUUGUGGCUUAUGAGAAGUUGUCAGAGUUAAUUAAGAAAAGGACCGCAGGUGGGCCAGAAUAUGUAAACGAUGUGAAGCAGUACAUUUCUGUUCACUCAGAAGCCAUUGCAACGUAUGCCUUGUGUGGAUUUUCCAACUUUGCGUCCCUGGGGAUCUCUGUGGGAGCUCUGACUGCCAUGGCUCCAAACAGGCAAUCUGAUAUCUCCAGCUGUGGCCUCAGAGCUCUGAUCGCUGGAAGUGUGUCUUGUUUCAUGACAGCUUGUAUUGCAGGUAUGUUGUACAUUCCUGAUUGCCCAACUUUUCUGAGCACAGAGUUCAACAACACCAACACAAGCAGCAGCAAACAGCUGCUGGACUGCUGCACACAGCUUUACAACAGUGUGACGAUGCACGAGCCGUGGAACGUGACAUGUGAAGGCAGGAUUCUUCAGCACCUCCAAAGCCCAGUCAGACCAGCUAAUUUGACUGGCAGAUUGGUUUUACAGGAACGCAGCUCAUUACCUCUGACCACUGUAAACAAUUCAGUCUGCUCGUGGAACAAAGAGGAGUGCAUGAAGCUCGCCGUCAUAGAAACAGCAAAUGACAGUGUCUUCAUUAAGAAACAGCACAAGCAAAAGUGUGAGUUGUCGCUUCUGAGGGAGGUUCGAGCCGGGGGAGCGACGUGGGUUGGAGGCGGGUUUCCGGGUCUGGUGGCCUGCAGCCAGCUCACGUCGUAA